AUGAUUGAGUGGUUGAAACAGCUGCGAAUUGCCUUCGGUACUUCCUUUCUUUGGCUUGUCUGCUUGAUUUACUUCACUCAGGGUUUUAGAUCGUUCGUAUGGACAGCGGUUUCCUAUCAGCUGAAAGACAGACUAAAACUUUCGCCCUCGGCUUCUCAGUUUGUGACUUCAAUAGCGUUUUUCCCAUGGAGCAUAAAACCAAUAUACGGAAUUUUGUCAGAUUGUAUCCCCAUCAAAGGAAGGAAAAGGAUUCCUUAUUUAGUCAUUGCAACGCUUCUCUCGCUCUUUCCAUGGGUGAUUCUAGGUCUGCAGGAAUCCAUAAGAAAUUCCAGAGAUCAACUCAUGAUCUUCUUAUUAUUGCAGAAUCUGGGUUCUGCAAUGGCAGAUGUCGUCAUUGAUGCGAUGAUUGCUGAAGCAGCAAGACUUGAGAAGGCUAAAUUUGCUGGCGACCUGCAGUCAGUAUCAUGGAUGACAAUGGCUCUUGGGGGAAUGUGUGGGAGUUUGUUAGGAGGACAUGCACUAAGUAACUUCCCGAUGGAAAACAUAUUUCUGCUUUUUGCUGUUUUGCCAACGGUACAGCUAUUGUCGUGUGCUUUUGUGAAGGAGAGUCCUGUAUGCAGUAAGCCUUCAUCAGAAGUUUCUACCUCCAAUGGCGAUGAUGGACCUAAUGGAAAUAUAUCAGAUGAAGAUGAAUUCUCAACUGGCAUGCCCAAAACCAAAACUUUGAGGAGAAAGAAAGGAUCUAAGAAGAAAAAGAAGAUAACGAUCAAUAGAAACAAUGAUAAGAUGCCUGAAAAAGAUGGAUCUUUCCCGUCACAAUGGUUUCGGUCUUUAAGAGUCGCUGGUUAUACUUUGUUUAAGGCUUUCCGACAGCCAAUUAUUCUGAGACCAAUGGCUUGGUUUUUCCUAGCACAGGUGACAAUCCCAAACCUUUCAACAGUCAUGUUCUACUACCAAACAGAAGUCCUAAACUUGGAAGCAUCGUUUCUGGGCACAGCACGUGUUAUCGGAUGGACAGGCCUAAUGCUUGGAACUUUCAUUUACAAUCGUUUUUUAAAGAAGAUGAGGUUACGAAGAAUUCUCAUGUUUGCCCAUGUUGCCCUGUCUUUGCUAACACUUCUAGAUGUAGUCUUGGUUACUAGAUUGAAUGUUUCACUAGGCAUAUCAGAUCAGACAAUGGUGUUGUUCGGGUCAGCUCUCUCGGAUGCGGUCAAUCAGUUCAAAUUCAUGCCUUUCUUGAUCCUAUCAGGACAUCUAUGCCCACCUGGAAUUGAAGGGACUUUAUUCGCUCUCUUUAUGUCGAUAAAUAACUUGGGGUCCACAAUCGGGUCGUUUGUCGGUGCAAGUUUGGCUUCGAUUUUGAACAUCUCUUCAGGCUCGUUUGAUAACCUUAGUUACGGGAUCGUUAUUCAAGUCAUCUGCACGUUUAUGCCGGUUGGUUUCCUGUUUUUGAUACCAAAGGAAGCUACAGGGAUAUCGGCAUAGAUAUAAAGGAUUCUUGCGAUUUUGGUGGGAUCUUUUUAAGGGUUCGGUUGAGGUGUAAGCAGAAUAUUGACCCGAGUAUAGUUUUUCUUAGAUUUUGAAUUGAUAAAAAGAUCGAAAUGGACCAUUUAAUCGAUGGUUAACGAAAGACAGAUGCAUAUUAAAAUGCCUUUGUCCCUUUGAU